AUGGAGAUUGCGCGUGAAAUUCAUGUCACUACUCAGUGCUGGACAGUGGGAAGUUCAAAUGAACGUUCAGCAUUGGAAUCACGACCACCAUCUCAACUCCGAGUCCUCCCAGCUCCCAACGGAAUAGCUCAUCUUUUCGCAGGAAGCCAUGGCACCACGAUCAGCGACUCGAUCUUCACUGUUAACGCGCAUCAGGUUGCUGGAUCCAAAGGCUUCGACAUCCUCACAAACGCUGUCUCUCCCAAUGCCUUCCACAACUCAGACGACCGUCCCGACCCCCCAAAAUGCCACGAGAACACCAGGGUGGCGGUAAUCAAGAAGAUAAUAGACUGGGUGACGGGAAAGAUUGACAUAGACACCUUCAUUCUCUGGCUCUACGGGCCCGCAGGUGCAGGAAAGUCCGCCAUCGCCCGUACCGUGGCCGAACUAUGCGCAGCGCAAAACCUUCUCCUUGCCAGUUUCUUGUUCUUUCGCACAGAUUCACGGCGCAACACCAUGGACCCGCUGGCAGCCACCAUCGCAUAUCAAAUCACCUUGGCUAUUCCCGCCGCCCGGGCCCACAUCGAAGCCGUCGUGGAAGCACAUCCUCUUAUCCUCUCAUAUUCAUGUGAACGUCUUGAAGAACAGUUCAUCAAACUCAUCUUUGAACCCCUUCGAGUACUGUCGGAGCAGGGCCAUUUCUCACAAGAUACAUUGCCUCCUUUGAUCGUUAUUGAUGGCCUCGACGAGUGCCUGGAUGAAGGCGCGCAGACAGCGCUUAUCCGACUUGUCUUCUCCUUAAUGUCUCGUUACCAACUCCCUCUCAAAUUCCUGAUCGCCAGCCGUCCCGAAGCACAUAUCAAACCCGUUUUUGCGGCAAUUUCGCCUAUUUCCGAUCUCGAGCUUAACGAUGACUUUCACCCGGACGAUGAUAUACGCCACUUUCUGGAAGACAGGUUUCGAGAGAUCAGGAGUUCUCACCCCUUUCGCUCGCGAAUUCCUUCCAGCUGGCCCAAAAAAUGGGAACUAGAAAGCUUAAUCCAGAAGGCCUCUGGUCAAUUUAUAUAUGCAUCAAUUGCAAUGCGCUUUGUCGACUCUCCUCGCCAUUUACCCACUCAGCGCCUCGAGAUUCUCCUCGACCUUCGUCUACCCACCAAUCGCGAUCUUCCUUUUGCAGAACUCGACAACCUCUACAGGUUACUCCUUUCUCGAGUCGAGAAUCCACCCUUGGCUCUGCAGAUUCUUGGGGUCCACAUUGCCCUCCAACCGCGGUCAGGUCUGUAUCAUGUUGAAGCCAUAGAGUAUAUGUUAGGCUUAGAGGGUGGGGAACUGAACGUCGCCCUCACGGAUCUCGGUUCGAUUCUCGAAUGUGGUAACUGGGUCAAAUUCCACCACCGUUCCUUUGUAGAUUUCCUUCUCAGCCCUCAACGGUCAAAAGAAUACUAUAUUGAUGUCCGUAAAAGUCAUACAGCCAUCGCCCAAUGGGUCCUGCAAACUUUUAGCAGAAGCAGUGUCGGUGAGUGGUAA